CCGAACAAGUGGUGAAUUAUAUGGGAAGUUCCUGGAUAAUCCGCCGAUCUAAGUCUCACAAUGGAAUGCUUUACUUUUUCAACACAGUGACUAAAGAAGCUGUCUGGAACUUGAAUGAUGCUGAGAUUGAAAAAGCUAAGAAGUUGACAAAAAGCCUUGGGAACCAAAUGGAGAACAUUGAAUGUCCUGAGCCAAAGGAGCCACCAAUGAGCCACAGACAUGAAAGCUAUGGAGCUAGCCAACAGAUUCCUCUAUCUAGGGUUUACAAUAAACAAAUUAUCAACAAUCAAAUGCAGCAACCAUUUGCCUAUUUUCCUUCAGCAUGCACUCAAGUUUUACCGUAUGGCUCUGUACCACUGGGAUUGAAUGUUUCCGGCACUGCAUAUAAUUCCAAUAUUUGGGCAGUUCCUCCUUUGUUCAUGACUCCUUCAUCACCUGUUAUUCAGCAAGCUCACACAUCUGCCAAUGUUACAUACAAUGAUCAAGACUAUAAAGUUCCAGUACAAAGUACUUCAAAACUUCUUUCUAAUAGAUUUCCUCCUCACUGCGAAGCACACGAAACAAGGAAAAAGUUUACACCAAACAAUAUGCUGAAAAGUCCAUUGAAAAGGAAUAAUUUCCAAAGAGAUCAUAAGCAAUAUUUUGUACCGAGAAACUAUAGGCAAAGGUUAAGUAACAAUGAUUUGAGGAAUGUUUUAUCUGCUAGAAAGACCCACAAUAAUUUUAAGAAUAUGAGCAGAAAAUCUGAAGAGUUAGUCAAUGAGACUGCAUUUGGAGACCAGUGUUCUUUCGAGGAAUCAAAUAACAUAUUUGAAAGUAACAAAAAUUUUGAAGAAAUUUGCCAAGCAUCUUACCUAAGUGAUGUUGAUGUUGAUAUUUUAGAGGACAAAAGGAAAGGGAUAACAUUGGAUUUGGAUUUCACUAAAUUAAAACAACUAGCUGGUUCAAACACAAAUCCUGAACAAUGGUACAUUGUUGCUGACCAGAGUAUUUUGUUGAACCACCUUAAUUUUUUGGAUAUUUUGAUUAAUUCAGAUGAGCGAUGUAAACUUAUGGUGCCGCGUGAAAUCAUGGAUGAGUUGCGAGUGGCAGCCCGCACUAGCUGCGGUAUGCCGCGCUCCACGAACCGCAGCCGACGUGCAGUCCUGUUCGUCUCGGAGCUCUUAAAAAGUGGUCGUUGCCUGUUAGGUGAACCUUCCCAAGACAGCACUGUAAGGAAUUGUCACAUUCUAAGAUGCUGUUCAAAUUUGACGCAGCAAAACUAUCACGUGGUUCUUCUAACAAAUGAUGAGGAAUUACAGGAGAUCAAAAGGCUUUUAAGUAUUCCAAUUUUCACCAUAAAAGAAAUUAAAAAAUUUUUGACUGUCACGUCAGCGGUGACGGAAAACAAUCAUGAAGCAUCUGUUGACCUUACUGAAAAAAUUGUGAAAAUCACAAUAGCCAAUGAUUUGAUGACAUCGCCGAUUCAAGUCACCUCUGAAAUAAUUAAUAGAAACGAACAGGCUCCAGAUGAUAAUAUAUGCAAGUAUCAAAAUAAUGAUGUCAGCUUAAAUAAUAUAGAAUCUUCAGACCUAUCCGCGAAGGACGAAAUACAAUCUCAACCAAACAUCAAGAAAACCGUCGAUGCUGCUGUUCAAACAGAAAGUUCACCAGAAACAACGCUUAUACAAAUUGACCAACCGACCACUACGACACUUACCUCCUCACCCCCUCAACCAAAUGUCCAAAAGUCUGUAAGCACAGUUUUGUCUUCAGACACGCAAAACAGCACUAUGACGUCUCAAUGUGAACCAUUGUUGAAGAAAGAAAGACGGCUAGUACGUAGUACGUCACAUCAAACCACAAUAAAUCAAAGCAAUAAUACUGAAGCAAGCCAUAGUAGUUUUGAAAAGAAACAGUUUAAAUGGCGCAAACGAAGAAACAUAAUUAAAACAAAUGCAGAUGUUGCUCAAUUGACAACUUUUGAUUAUUCGCAUCUUGAUAAUAGUAACGAAGAUUCGUUAAACGCAGACAUAGACGCUAGUUCAGUGUCGAGGGAAGGAAAUCAGUCAAUACAAAACACUGAGUCAAUCAAUCAAGCAAUCAAUACUUUAUGUGAUAGCAUUGUUGAAGAAAGUGAAACUAGUAGUGUUAUUAUUCACAGAAACAUAAAUGAGAAAAUAGUGAUAGAAGAAACGUCGACAUCUGGUGUAAUAUCGAACACCACAAGCCAUGCCGACUCGGAAAGUGAAAGUGUGAAACAACACGAAGUGACAUGUGAUGAGGAGGAAAUGAGGCAGAACAUUAUGUUUAAUGUGAUAGAUCGGAUUAUGGAGCAGAGUUUGAGAAUGAGAUGUGAUGAAUGGGUAUCAAGAUUCGUGCAGAUAAUGGAAGAGGCAUUGACGCAGCUGUUGCAGCGAGAUCAUCGGAUCCUCCAGAACGUUAUGUCUCCGCCUUGGACGCUGUACGAAGCAGCACACUGCAUUAAAAUUACGUUCCGUGGCAACCAUGAAGUCGUGAACGCUUCCAGUAGAUUGUUGAAUGUUCUUGACACUGUAAGUGAUGGAGGACGAAUUAAGUUGGAUUUGAACCCACAAGAUUACAUGGAAAUGUAUAGUUAUGGAGUUUAUCUGAUUGACAUUUUGCAGUCGACGUCUCUGAACUGCGAAGAUAUUCAAACCGCGUCAGAUUCUUUGUCUAAUCUAUUGAAUGACAUUCGGAAUCCUACUGUAGAUGUUCAUAAUGACACUUUUUGUGAGAAUAAACACUUGGAGAGCCAUAAAAAACCAUCUCCUACUGAAAUACAAGAUGAUACUCAUCAAGGAAUAAUUGGUGUGGAAGUACAACCAAAGUCACAGCCCAAGGACCUUGUUAAUGACGUACAAAUAUAUAAUCUCCGGUCGAACGAUAAAAAAUCAGAUCAGGCUAACAAGCAACAAACUCGAGAACAAAAUAAAGUAACCCCAAAAAAGUCCGAGGAUGUUUCCUUUAUGAAAAAUAUCGACAUUAAAUGUAAUUUUUUCACAAGUUUGCAUCUCCAGGAAAAAAUACUGAGUAAAAAAGACGGAAACGUUUCUAGUGAUCCUUAUAUUAACAGACAGACAUGUGAAAGUCAAGCAAAUGAUUUCAACGAGUACCAUCAAAAGGAAUGUGAUAAUGGCCAUUUGGAUUCGAAAGACAAUAAUUUCAAAACUAGUAAUUUAAAAAUAGUUAGGACAUUUAACAAGUGUCCCGAAUUUGAAGAGAAAUUACGAAAUAAAAACAGGGAAAUUCUAGAUAUGGAUCAAUUGGAUUAUUCAGAAGACAUAGCAGAAAACUAUGACUUCAUGGACGAUGAUUACUAUUCAGAAGAAGAAUGUUACAAUGGAGAAUUGGUACAUAACGAAGCCGUUAAUGUAGAUGCAGAGAGCACUAAUUUGGCAAUUACCAAACCGUCAGGGAAUACAGAAAGAUCGAAGUUAGAUAUAAAUGCUAAUGACAAUUUUCCUUCAAUUUUUAGCAGGCUGUUUUUAGAAAUCAAAGAAGCAUUUUUGAAAGUCCAAUCGUUUUGUAAAGAAACAGAGAAUGAACUAUCUGGAACACAAUACACUUUUAGUAGAAAAAUUGAGAUUCUUCAAAAUGUCGAAAAGGCAUAUUCGUACAUUGACCAUCUACGUGAAACUUUGAACAGCGUCCUGUAUCGAGAAACUUGCACUGGUAGCAAUAAUAUUCAAUUCGUAUUGAAGCAAGUUGGUCUGAAUAAAGUAAACGACAUUCUUUUAGGAGAAUACAGAAUGACGAUUUCUAAAUGCAUGGAUCAAGCAAAAGUCCUCUUAGAUUCCUUAGAUAUUAUAAAAAGUGCCGUAAAAACGUAAUUUUUUUUCAUUGGUAUUGAUUGUCAAGCGUCCAUACGCUAAACUGUGUAUAAAUGCAAAAACUUGUUUUUCUAAGAGCACAAAGUCAAACAUAAAAUAAUGUAAAAAACUAAAUAUUAUUUAAUUGUAGCUGUUGAUAUUUUGAAGACAUAGUUUUUAAUGUGCCAUGUUUCAGUUGAGAUAGUGUUUUUAAUCUUGUCUGUUUGUUAUUAAUAAGAUGCAUGAAAUUUUCUAGCUAGUGUGAACUUUUUAAAAGGUGCUCUUUUAAUAUGU